GCCGCAGAGGCCGCGGCCCGGGGCUCUGGUCUCCUCCAGCCGGGAGCGGAGCGCGGCGCGCGAGCCCACCAUGUCCCUGGCGGCGGCGGCGGCGGCGCGGGGCCCGGGGGCCGUGUGGUCCCCGACCCACGUCCAGGUGACGGUGCUGCAGGCGCGGGGCCUGCGGGCCAAGGGGCCGGGGGGCACGAGCGACGCGUACGCGGUGAUCCAGGUGGGCAAGGAGAAGUACGCCACGUCGGUGUCCGAGCGCAGCCUGGGCGCGCCCGUGUGGCGCGAGGAGGCCACCUUCGAGCUGCCGCCGCUGCUGUCCGACGGGGCCGCCGCCACCCUGCAGCUCACCGUGCUGCACCGCGCGCUGCUCGGCCUCGACAAGUUCCUGGGCCGCGCCGAGGUGGACCUGCGGGAGCUGCACCGCGCCCAGGGCCGCAGGAGGACGCAGUGGUUUCCCUUGAAAUCCAAGCCUGGAAAGAAGGAAAAAGACCGCGGUGAGAUCGAGGUUGACGUCCAGUUCAUGAGAAACAACAUGACCGCCAGCAUGUUCGACCUCUCCAUGAAGGACAAGUCUCGGAACCCGUUUGGGAAGCUGAAGGACAAGAUCAAGGGAAAGAGCAAGGACAGCGCAUCAGACACGUCAUCGGCCAUCGUGCCCGGCUCCCUGGCCUCGGGAGACAGUGACGACGAGUCGUCUCUGAAAGACAAGAAGAAGAAAUCCAAGAUAAAGACCCUGUUCUCCAAGUCUGCUUUGCAGAAAACGCCACUUUCCCAGUCCAUGUCUGUCCUGCCGACGUCCAAGUCAGACCGAGUGCUGCUCCGUCCUGGGGACUUCCAGUCCCGGUGGGGGGAUGAGGAGGAGGAGGACAAUGAGGACCAGCCCUCGACUGCUUCUGACGCCCCGUCUCCCAGGAGAGCGGCAGCCGCAGAGCCCAGGCCGCUCAGCCAGGUCAGCCUCAGCCUCCCCAGGAAGGACGGGCUCUCGUUCCUCGGUGGCCUGCGCUCCAAGAACGACCUCCUGUCGCGCUCCAAUGUCUGCAUCAACGGGAACCACGUGUACGCAGAGCCGCCCGAGGCCAAGGACAGCUCGCCCUCCUCCUCACCCUCGCCCCAGAGCGCCAGGAAGAGGCAGCUGUUCUCGUCCAUGGAGAACCUGGUGGCAUCUCCCGAGCCCCCCACGGCCAGGGCUCCCGCCCGCGACCCCCGGGAGAGCCCCCCGCCGGCGCACUCGGAGGCCGGCAGAGAAGCCAAAGAGACCAAGAAGCAGGAGGGCAAGAAGUCCUCUCUGCUUUCCCUGGUGACGGGAAAGAAGGACGUGGCAAGGGCCAGCGAGGGCGACAGCCCCCCUGCCGCUCCCAGGAGAGAGAAGGAGACCGGGCCCGCGGAGACCGGGGCCGCAGAAACGCGGGUGAAGCUAGUGGAGGACGGCACCGCAGGCGUCCCCGAGAGGGCUCCGGCCUCGAACCCCUUCGAAGAGGUCCACGUCGGGGACCCGGAAGCUGGCCCGGAGUCCACCCCCAAGCCCACGGUGCCUGUGCCCGCGCCCAGGGCCCCUCAGACCAAAGCCGUCAAACCCCGACCCCAUCCUGUGAAGCCGAUGAACACGACAGCCACCAAGAUCGCAAACUCCAGCCUGGGAACUGCCACCGUCAUCAGCGAGAAAUUGAUCAACGAAGCUCUGAUGAAGAAAUACAAUCCCUCGGACCCUGCUUUUGCCUACGCACAGCUAACCCACGAUGAGCUGAUCCAGCUGGUCCUCAAGCAGAAGGAAGCAAUAAGCAAGAAGGAGUUUCAGGUCCGAGAGCUGGAAGAUUACAUCGACAACCUGCUGGUGCGAGUCAUGGAAGAAACCCCCAACAUCCUCCGUGUUCCAGCCCAGGUCGGCAAGAAAGCAGGAAAGAUGUGAACCGGCGGCCCCCAGCGUGAGCCAUCUCGGGAGACUUUGCUCCCAGCUGCCCCUGAGGUCGGGCCUCAGAAGGCUGAUAACCACACUCAGGCGCCAAACCAUCUCCCUCUCCUUAUCUGGCAAGACUCAGUUCUACCCACCGAGGCCAGGUUAAUCAUUACAAUGACUCUUACUGUACAUUCGGGGUUGUAUUUGUAAAUGCCGCUGUGCCUUUAACUGUGCUGUAAAUAUUUCAGGCCCUGACCGAGAUGUGGUCAUACCAUCUGAUCACGGCCUUAGGGAUUCGGAUGGCCCGGAGGCAUGAAUGUAUUUUUAACAUUGGGGAUUUUCUUUCUUUAAGAUUUUACCGUGUGUAGCACCUAGUCAUUAAAGCUUGGGGUGAAAUGCCAAGGGUGUCGGACACCCUGCUACAUGUGCUUUCUUCGGAGGACCUCGGACAUGGCAACAAACACGUCUAAACCCCCGGGCUUCUCCCCCACGCGCGCUCCUGGCUUUGACCAGGAGGUUUUUCCCCAUCUCAGCCUUCCAGUGAUUCACGCAGUCCAGCAUGUG